CCUCCUUUGCCUCCUCCUUCUCCUCCUCCGCCGCCGCCCGCUGCCCGCCACGACCCCAGUCCCCCGAGGGCGGGCGCCAGAGGCGGCCGCUUGCGCUCGUCCCGCCGCUGCUGGGCACGCCGCGAUGCGCAGAGGGGCCGCGCCGCCCGGGGGCUGCUGCCGCCGCCGCGCCUCACCAUGAGGCUCCGCAGCAAGGCGGCGGCGCUGCUCCUGCUCGCGCUGGCAGCGCUGCUGUUCGCCCUGCUGCCCCUGCGCGCCGGCCGCGCCGAGCCCCCCGAGCCGGCCGCGCGCCCUGCGGCUGCCCCGCAGCGCCACCCCGCACCGGGCCCCGCGCGCCUCUCCGGGCCGGUUGUCUUCCCGGGGGCCGGCCCGGGCGCUCGUAGGCGCCGACCCCCGCGUCCGCGCCCCCGAACCGGCCGCCGGGGCGCGGCGAGCUUGGAGAAGUUGGCGAGGAGGCCUGGAGAGCCCAGGACCUGGCAAGCAGGGCAGCCUCCUGAGGUCUGGAUCCACCUGGCCGUGGUGGCCUGCGGCAAUAGACUGGAGGAGACGCUGGUCAUGCUCAAGUCUGCUGUGCUCUUCAGCCACAGGAAAAUCCAGUUUCACAUCUUCACUGAAGAGUCUCUACAGCCUGAGUUUGACAAGCAGUUACGACAGUGGCCAGACUCUUACACCAAGAAGUUUGAGCACAGACUCUACCCCAUCACGUUUUCUGUAGGAAACCCUCAGGAGUGGAAGAAAUUGUUCAAACCUUGUGCUGCCCAGAGACUCUUUCUUCCGGUGAUUCUGAAGGAUGUGGAUUCCCUUCUCUACGUGGACACAGAUGUCCUCUUUCUGAGGCCUGUGGAGGAUAUCUGGAAGCUUCUGAGGAAUUUUAACUCCACCCAGCUCGCAGCAAUGGCCCCCGAGCAUGAAAUCCCCAAGAUUGGCUGGUACAGCCGCUUUGCUCGGCAUCCUUUCUAUGGUUCUGCGGGUGUGAACUCGGGAGUCAUGCUGAUGAACCUGACUCGGAUAAGAAGCACCCAGUUCAAGAACAGCAUGAUUCCCACGGGCUUGGCUUGGGGGGACAUGUUGUACCCUCUUUACCAGAAGUACAAGAAUGCCAUCACGUGGGGAGACCAGGACUUGUUAAACAUCAUCUUCUAUUUCAACCCAGAGUGUCUCUAUGUGUUCCCCUGCCACUGGAACUACCGGCCUGACCACUGCAUGUACGGAAGCAACUGCAAGGAGGCUGAGCAUGAAGGUGUGUCUGUCCUGCACGGCAACCGCGGCGUCUACCACGACGACAAGCAGCCGACAUUCAGGGCGCUCUACGAAGCCAUACGGGAUUUUCCCUUUCAAGACAAUCUCUUCCAAUCCAUGUACUACCCUCUCCAGCUGAAGUUCCUGGAGACAGUGCACACUUUGUGUGGACGAAUUCCGCAGGUCUUUCUGAAGCAGAUCGAGAAGACCAUGAGAAGGGCUUACGAGAAACACGUCAUCAUCCACGUAGGCCCCCACCAGAUGCCCUGAAUGCUUCGUGGGCUGCGAGGCAGCUGGGCGUCUGCCGGCCAAGAGAAUGCUUAUCUUAGCACCUGCUCCUCUCCUACGCGAACUCUUCAGUGGUGCUCCUCGGCCGUUGAGUUGAAAAGGACUUGUUUCACUUUACUAAACUAGUUGGACCUAAAAGGGAAUAUGCUGUUCUUCAUGUUUUUCUAAAAUGCUAUUUAUCUCUCUCUCUUUUUUUUUUUAAUGAACCAUUUCUCUGCAUUUAGCAUGGUUCAGGCAGGUUGUACCAGCUGUGACAUGGAGCUCCUUUGACUCUCUGAUGCCUGAGGGAUGGCAGCCAGCAUCUCAGGGGAGUCAUGGGCUGGAUUGCUCCAGCAUUCCCAAGAAACCCCCGCACCCUACGGCAGCUUCUCCUCGAGAGGCAAACCAGCAAACUUGUACAGAACACAGAUACACAAGUCAAAGCUGAGAUUUGAUGAGCCAUAUCCUACCAACCAGUGGGGAAGAUGACGGCCACCUUGGUGGGUUCCUUCUUCCCCCUAAUUCUACCUCUCUGCUUUCCUUUAUAAUGCACAAGACAAGUAGUUGCAGUAAAAGUCGAAUUCUUUGCUGAGAUUUGUGUGCAAAAUACUAAAAAGGUUGGACAUGUAAA